AGUCGCGUUCCAAAGAUGCUGAGGAAACAGUUUCCGGUCAAUAUGGGCGCUAAGGAUGUGAUCGUUUCUCUUCCAAGCCAAAAUUCUGCAAAAAUAGUGAAAUGGAAAGUCGAAGAAGGAACAAUAGUGUAUGAAGGGAGAGUGUUAUUACUUUAUGAUCUUAAAUCAAACAAUGGAACAGCCGAACUGAAGAAAUUAAAGGCUACAGAGGUUGGAACUGUUCGCAAAUUACUGGCCAAAGAAGGGGAACUAGUAGAUGGAGGGGCUCCAUUGUUGGAGUUGGAGCGAGGGUGUUCACAUCCUACAGUGAUGAAUGACCUUUGCGCAGAAUGUGGUGCUGAUCUACGCAGAGAAAGUGUGAUAAAUGCUCAUGCUUCUGUCCCAAUGGUACAUAGUGUACCAGAUCUCAAAGUCAGCGAGGAGCAAGCUCAAAUAUUGGGAAAAGCAGAUGAAGAAAGACUUCUCAAGGACAGAAAACUUGUUCUGUUGGUUGACUUGGAUCAAACAUUAAUACACACGACAAAUGAUAACAUUCCAAACAACUUAAGGGACGUGUACCAUUUUCAGCUGUACGGUCCAAGGUCACCCUGGUACCACACAAGGCUUCGGCCUGGUACUCAACAGUUCCUGUCCAAAGUGAGUCGCCAGUACGAGCUGCAUAUAUGUACGUUCGGCGCACGCAACUAUGCUCACAUGAUCGCUCACUUCUUAGAUCCUGAUGGCAAGUUCUUUUCACACAGGAUACUCUCACGUGAUGAAUGCUUCAACCCUAACUCAAAGAUGGCCAAUUUAAAGGCCUUAUUUCCUUGUGGAGAUGAGAUGGUUUGUAUAAUAGAUGACAGAGAAGAUGUCUGGAACUUUGCUCCGAACCUGAUACACGUUAAGCCCUACCACUUCUUCCAGCACACAGGAGACAUUAACGCCCCACCCGGCCUUGCCAAGGAUGAAAACGAUGAGAAAGAAGGUUUUGAUUUCUCACAGUUUGCUCAAGGUACGUCGAUUAGGCCUAAGGAGCCAGACCCUGAUAAAGAGAAAAUAAAGAAAAAGAAAAAAGAAGACUCCAGUGAAAGUGAAUUGGAAGAAGGAGAAUUGGCUUCGAAAAGUGGAAGUCAAAAUCAAGCUGCUGAAAAAACCAAUAAAGUACAGGAAGUGGAAAUAAAAUCACCUGAAUUGAAAUCUGGAGUUGAUGUAUCAGUAAAUGGGAAUACAGUAAGUACUUGUAGUGUUGCUGAGGAAGAUUCUGCAAUGGCUAUGGAUGACAACAAGGAAAAUGCUGGUGAAGAAAACAGUGUAAAAAAUGAAAAGGAUAAAGAUGCGGAUAAAGAAGAAAGUGAAAAUAAACCGACAAUAUCAAGCAGUGAAGAAAAAGAAAAUCAGGCGAAGGGAGGUAAAAAUGGUGAAAUAAAAUUGGUAGAACAAGCGAAACUAGUGAAUGACGUGAUUGAAAUUGAAGAGUCCGAUGACUAUCUCAUGUACUUGGAGGAGAUUCUUAGCAAAAUUCACAGUUUCUUUUAUGACAUCCAUGACGGCAAACGUGAUGGAGAUAGAGACAUGAAGAAAGUGAUUCCAGCAGUGAGGGGUGAAGUAUUGGCUGGUACCAAACUGGUAUUUAGUGGUUUAGUGCCCACAAACCAGAGCUUGGAGCAAAGUAGAGCAUACAACAUAGCCCGUAGUCUGGGAGCUGAGGUUUCUAAGGACUUAACAAAGGACUGCACUCACCUUGUAGCGGUUCGUACUGGGACUGCUAAGGUGAAUGCGGCACGGCGUAUGAAAGAUGUCAGGUUAGUGACGCCUGACUGGCUAUGGACAUGCGCAGAACGCUGGGAACGUGUAGAGGAGAUGUUAUUUCCUGUUGGUUGUGAGAAGACGGGGUCCCGUCAUCCCCCACCACACUGUACCAGUCCACCUCAUGGUACACCUGCACCCCGCCUGCGCUCCCCUUCUGGCAGAUUUAUGGACACCAUCAACCCAUUGAUGACCUUCAGUUCAGAGGACAUUGCCGACAUGGAUGCAGAAGUGGAGGAUAUGUGCAAUGAUGAAUCAGACGACAGUGAUGUGGAGGAGAAGCUGACAACAUUAAAGAAGAAACGACGGAAAUCUCCUGAAGGUUUUGGUGGGGAGUCAAGUUCUAGCUCAGCUGAUUCUUUAGCAGGGGACCACAUCAAGGGAUGGGGGAGAAAGCGGCCACGUGAGGAUGGUGGAGGGGAGUCAGAUAAUGAAUCACUGGGUGACAAGUUCCGUCGAGGUGGAGAGUUGCCAAGCGAUGUGGAGAUUAACGACGACAGUGUUGGCAGUGAAGAACCUCCUGACGAAAUCAGUGAUGGCGACUGGAAUAUGAUGGGUGCAGCUCUGGAGCGGGAGUUCCUGGAGGGUGACUAGAUUCCUGUCCUGGAAUCUCUCCGUCUGUGAUAGUCCCUCUGCCUCUUCCCUCUCAUGUUUCACUUGCUCUGUAGCCUCUCUAAGUGUACCCCUCUAUAGUGACACUUGAGAUGAAAAUUUAAGGUCAACUGUUGAACAUAGUUCAUUUGGAUUUUUUUUAUAUGAAAUUCAUAGAUAAUAUUAGGUAUCUCCCAUUUGAUUCCAGAGUAUAACAAUUCCUUCUCUUUACAAUGAAUGUAUAAUUGAGGCAUUCUACCCUUGGUUUGCCAUUACCCAUACUGAGGUUAACUACAUACUUUGAUGUUUUUAUUUAUUUCGCUAUCUGCAAUAAGAUGCAGUUUCCUAGUUGUUAUUUUUUUUAAAUCUAAAUAUAAAUUAUAUGGCAAGUUAGAAUAUAAAUUUAUCCUAGCCCUUUUUAUUUAGUUAACUUCUAGAAAAUGUUCUGAAAAAUGUUCAGGUUAAUUUUUAACAGGAUGAUUAGUUAUAGGUGAUUUAGUUUUUAUUAUAGUCAACUCAAACAAAACUGGUGGGUUGAGGUCAAGCUUUGAAACAUGUCAUUUGAAUGUAAAAUUGACUUCAUUAACCUGAAACUUAAUUUUUGAUAUUUCUGUUUUCAAUUCAUAUUUAGUUGUAUUUUAUGUUGAUUAUUUUCUGUAUUUACCAAUUAUUUAAAUCAAUUACAUAUGUUACUUAUAACAAACAUACACAAAAUUAAAAUGUAUAACACAAAGUAAGGAUAGUAAACAUUUACAUAUAGUACUGUUAUUACUGAAUAAAAUACAAGAAUGCAGUACAAUUAAUUUUAUAUUUCAUUUUGAAUCUGUGCUGAAUUUACUGUCUUCCAGCAAUUCUAUGGUCAUGUUGGAUAGCAACAUCAAAUUCCUUCGGUCACAAAGUCCUGUUCCUGUUCAUCAUUUAUAUACUUUAUCCAAUCAUCAGCAGUUUAAUUCUGCAAUGCUUCCUUCAUUAAUAUUUAAAUCGCUUAUCUUGAAUAUUUUGUUUGUGUUCGCUAAUUCUCAUUUACUUUAGUCCAUAUCAAUUCAAGGGGAUUGUAC